AUGAUAAACGAACUGUUUCACAUUUCAAUUCUUCUUUCUACUGUAAUUAUCUUUUCUAGUUUGUGCUUUCGCAAGCGCAAACCAAGGGAAAAAUCCCCAGUUGCAACCAACAAUUAUGAUUCUAAAGGAAAAAUUCUUCCUCCAGGUGGGACUGGAUGGCCGCUUAUUGGUGAAACUUUGGAUUAUUUCUCUAAAGUUAAACAAGGGAUCCCUCAGAAAUUCGUGAUGGAUCGAAUGAACAAAUAUUCAUCCAAGGUUUUCAGGACUUCUUUGAUUGGUGAGUCAGUAGCAAUAUUGGGUAAUAAUGCAGAGGGAAACAAAUUUCUGUUCUCAAAUGAGAAAAAACUGGUUCAGGUUUGGUGGCCUAGUUCAGUUGAGAAGAUUUUUGCCACCUCCGAGAAUAAUAAGUCCACAAAUGAGUACCUGAAAGGGAUGCGAAAACUCUUUCCAUUGAUCCUAAAACCAGAUGUUUUAGUAGAACACAUUGGGAAAAUGGAUGAUGUGGUGAAACAACAUUUUCAGACAUAUUGGAAGUGCAAAGAAGCUGUGAUCAAUGUAGGUGAAAUGUCGAAAAAGUGUAUCUUUUCAGUGGCUUGCAACCUUUUUCUGGGUAUCAAUGAUGCAGCAAAAAUCGACCAACUCGAAAAGAUUGUAGAUGAAGUAGCUACUGGUCUUCAUUCAAUGCCUAUAGAUCUGCCCGGAACAGCAUUGAAUCGUGGGAUCAAAGCAUCCAAGCACAUGCGAAAAAUAGUUGAAACAAUGGUUAGACAAAGAAAACAUGAUUAUUUCUCUGCACGGCAGAAAAUUUCUGUUUCAGAAGUGGACUUCAUGUCACGAUUGAUUCAAGCAAGAGAUGAAAAUGGUGAAAAUUUGAAGGAAGAAGAUAUAAUCAGCGUUUUGGUUGGUUUAAUGGAGGGUGGCUAUGCAACUCUUCACAACACAAUCACAGUGAUCAUGUAUCAGCUUGCAGAGUUUCCUGAUGUAUACAAUUUAGUCUUGACAGAACAAAAGGAGAUUGCCAAGUCAAAAGAAACAGGAGAAAAACUCAGUUGGGAGGAUUUAAGGAAGAUGAAGUAUUCAUGGAAUGUUGUGUGUGAAGUAUUGAGAAUUCUGCCCCCCGGAAUUGGGAGCUUUAAGGAGGCUAUCACCGAUUUCUCCUAUGAAGGCUACACAAUUCCAAAGGGUUGGAAGAUUCACUGGAUUUUUCACAGCACGCAUAAGAAUCCGGAAUACUUUCCAAAUCCAGAGAGUUUUGAUCCUUCAAGGUUCCAAGGAGAUGGUCCGAUUCCAUACACAUUUGUUCCGUUUGGAGGAGGAUCUCGAAUGUGCCCUGGGAAUGAAUACGCCCGAGUAGCCAUGCUUAUUUUCAUGCAUAAUGCGGUGACCAAAUUCAGAUGGGAAAAAUUUAUUCCAAGUGAGGGAAUUAUUUACUACCCUUAUCCCAGACCAGCUCAAGGACUCCCAAUCCGCCUUCAUCCUCACAAUCUGUGAAGAAGAUUUAUGAUAUUGUUGGAAGUUACUUGGAAGUUGAAUCCAGGACGACCCUUUGCCAGUUGCCACGAAUAAAGACGAUGCCGAGCUGUUAUUGAAAGUCUU